UGGAGAGACACGGAUACCGUUAUUCCUCGAGUCUUCUUCCACUUCCCAAUAUAAUCAUAAUCCCCGUUCCCCAGUUCCCACAACUCAGAAUUCUUAAACCUCAACCUGUUCAACUCAGCAGUCAUCCAGACUUCAGAGUGCACAGGAUAGUAUUGCAGCAUUAAUGGAGCUCUGGUCUGGAUAGAGCUGAAAGGGACGUGUGUUGAAAUUGAAAUGAACGGUUGUGGCGGUUGUGGAAUGCCCUCUUGCCAUUAAUAACACCUUACUACCAUACCAGAACUACCACUACUUAUUAACUUCCUCCUGCCAUUAUUACCCUCAGAGUCAGAGACAGGGACACACAGCAGUCAUACACGGUCCGAUACUCGGACAGUUACGACCCCUCAUGGGCUCGUUCAUUUGAUUUAUGGUCCAAAACAAAAGCCUUUCUGCUGUGUUGAAAGUUGAAACUGAAGAAUCAAAGGCAAAGCUGGUGAUCCGCCAAACUACCAAGUUCCUACACUGGGGCAGACCAACAUUUGCUGUGGAAAUAAGGUGGAAGCUCCAUUCUAUUGCUUUACCGGUCCCAAAGUGGAAACAGAGCUCAAGACUGCAUUUUUUCUUCUUGAGGGAGCUCAAAUUUAUGGUAGAACUCACCGGCUGAAUCGGGUUAUGGACUUUGAAUCAAGAUUACGUGUUUAUUCUUGAAGGUGCUGGAUUACUAUAACAUAGACCUUAGCAAGUGCCUAAUCAGCGUAAAAGGUUGUGCUUGUGCAUGUUCAAAUCAAAAUUGCACUUUUCACCUUGAGGCAGCUGGAUUGUAUCAUUGACAUGCUACAGACCUUAGCAAGUUCAUUUUUGGUUCCAAGGGUCAUGGACGGUCAAUUCAAGGUUGCAUUGUUUUCCCUCUUGUUUUUCAACUUUAUGCAGACGGAGCAGGUUCUAGCAAGCUCCGGCUCGGAAAGAUGGGCUUUGCUGGAGCUCAGGGCAUCCCUUGGUAUUAGAGCUCGAUACUGGCCCAAAAAGGUCGAGCCUUGCUUAAACUGGACAGGGAUUGAAUGCCAAGAUGGGAGAGUGACAGGAAUAAGCUUAUCUGGGAUAAGGAGAACUCGGGUUGGAAAGCGAAAUCCACGGUUUGCUAUUUAUCCUUUAAGCAAUUUGACCUCAUUAUCUUCCUUCAAUGCUUCAGGGUUUCUACUUCCUGGGCCAAUUCCAGAAUGGUUAGGCCAAAGACUAGCUACAUUACAGGUGCUUGAUCUCAGGUCUUGUUCAAUUUAUGGAUCAAUUCCUGACUCAUUGGGAAGUUUGUUUAGGCUUAAUUCUUUGCAUUUGUCUGAAAAUACGAUUACUGGGACAAUUCCAGCUGCAUUGGGGAAGCUGAAUUCCUUGUCAGUUCUUGAUCUUUCAAAAAAUUUAUUAACAGGGCCAAUUCCUAGCGCUAUUUCAGCUCUUAGGAACCUUAGUAGUCUUGAUUUGUCUUCAAACUUCCUUUCUGGGGCGAUUCCUACUGAGAUUGGUUCACUUUCUAGUCUUAAGUUCUUGAGGUUACACGACAAUAGUUUCAGCUCUUCUGUUCCUGCUCAGCUGGGUAAUCUUUCUGCCUUGGUGGAGCUUGAUCUUGGUUACAAUUUUUUGUCGGGGCCAUUGCCUGAGGAUUUAGGACGGAUAAGUAGUUUACAGAAGUUGUUAAUUGGGAAUAAUGAGCUAGAAGGUGCUCUGCCAGCUAGAGUACUUUUGGAUCAAAAAUUUGUGGAAUUUGUAGUUCUCAGGAACAACAAAUUUGAUGGUAAAUUUCCUGAUGUCUUGCGGUCAGUGCCGCAUUUACUGUUUCUAGAUAUCUCUGAGAAUAACUUCACAGGUGAAUUGCCAAACCUUACUGCUUUCUCUGAUAAUGCCGGCACCAAGUUCAAUUUCUCAAACAAUUUGUUCUACGGAAAUGUGCCCUUUGAAACUGGCGGAAAUGUCUCACUUGAUCUAUCGAAUAACUUCUUGAAAGGAUUGGCUCCUACUACUACGAAAAGCAGUGUCAAUAUCAGCACCAAUUGCUUUCAGAGCCUGCCAGAUCAGAGGAGUAUAAUGGACUGCCAAAAAUUUUAUGCCAAGAGAGGCCUUCAUUUUGAUGGCAACAAUGUUCCCGAGUCACCAGAACCUCCAAUUUCGGAACAUUCAAAGAAGAAAAACAAACUCACCUUUAUAUUGGUGGGAACUUUUGGUGGACUUGGCUGCAUUUUGAUUUUAGGGGUAGCAUUAGCAUAUGUGCUAAAAGUAUGUAACAAACGAAGUGGAAAUGGAAGAGGAACAGCGGAAGUCAGGCAUGUUUCAGUAAAGGAUAGUAGGCCACCUCCUCAGAUUCCUUUGUGCUUCUCAGGUCUUGGAGAAGAAUUUACAUACGAGCAAGUGCUCCAUGCCACAAAUAACUUCAGCGAAACAAACCUCAUCAAGCAUGGUCACUCUGGAGACAUAUUCCGUGGAACAUUAGAGGGUGGAAACCUAGUAGCCAUAAAGAGAGUUGAUUUACAAGUUCUCAAGAAAGGGAGAUGUACUUCAGAAUUGGAUCUUUUUGACAAGAUAAAUCACCCAAGGCUAGUCCAACUUAUUGGUCAUUGCUUAGAGCUUGAAAAUGAAAAGAUCUUGGUUUACAAAUAUAUGCCAAAUGGAGACUUGUCCAAUUCCUUUUACAGGGUUAACCAUUUGGAUGAUGAUUGUUUACAAUCUUUGGAUUGGAUCACACGAUUAAAAAUUGCAAUAGGAGCUGCUGAGGCUUUAUCUUACUUGCACCAUGAGUGUAAUCCUCCACUUGUCCACAGAGAUAUUCAAGCAAGCAGCAUCCUUCUUGAUGAUCAAUAUGAAGUACGACUUGGAAGUUUAAGUGACGUUUGCGCUCAAGGAGUGGAGAACAGUCAGCAAAGGAUUUCAAGAAUGUUCUGGAUGGCACAGACUCCUGAUAAAGGACCUUCAGGACCAUCUGCAAGUUGUGCUUAUGAUGUAUAUUGCUUUGGAAAGCUCUUACUUGGGCUUGUCUCGGGUAAGCUGGACAUCUGCAAUUUUGAAGACGAGGGCUCUACAAAUGAGUGGUUGGAAAACAAUCUAUCUUACAUCAGUAUACACGAAAAGGAACAGGUGGGUAAGAUUAUUGAUCAGUCUCUUAUCAUAGAUGAUGAUCUACUUGAAGAAGUGUGGGCUGUGGCGAUAGUGGCCAAGUCAUGCCUAAAUCCCAAGCCUUCCAGACGUCCCCUGAUGAGACACAUCCUCAGAGCACUGGAAAAUCCUUUCAAGGUUGUCAGGGAAGAAAAUUUCAGCUCUGGAAGGCUAAGAACAACAUCAUCCAGAAGUUAUUGGACCACUGCAUUCUUCGGUAGUUGGCAUCACAGCUCGUCUGAGAGUGCCAGUUUUCCAGGCCAAACAAGAAGAGAAGGUGCCAGUGAUCUAAAACAGACAGGGAGAGCGGGGUCUCAUGGAAGUGGCAUGAAUGAAUACUCAUCUUCACACAAAAGGUCCUCGAGCGAGAUUUUCCCUGAGCCAGUGGAUAUUCAAGAUCUAGAGAAGCAGGAUGAAAACUAGGCAAGCUCUGAGUGAUGUUGCCAGUAAAUCUUUUCCCAUCCUGGUAUCGAGCAGUCCGUGUAACUUUGUGUGCGUCGAAAGGCUUUAGGCUUGAAAGUUGCCUCCUCCUGAAGGUCAUUGAUUUAGAGCCUUCUACAACUUUGAUUCAUUUGGGGAUCCUCCAAGAAAAUGACGAUGAGCCUUUGGAUCCAAAUAAAAAAAGAGGUUUGAAGCAAGCUAUGAUUCUUGCUCUUGUCCUGCAUGAAAUGUAAUGUAAAUAGCCAUUCAAUGUAAUUACGAGCAUUAGUUUUUCACGAUCUCAUGCAAAUUCAGAGGCAUCCAGCUAAAGUAUUUUGUUGUUAGUACAAUCGGAUUGAGAUAUCCAUCUCCACCAAUAAAACCGUUUUCUGAUGCUAGGAGACGAAAUAUCACAUAUAGAAACGGCAAAA